UACUACGAGUCGAUAGAAACCACGAACAGGCACAUGUGGGUAGGCUUGGACCAUCGUUGACGCAUAUGUAACCCAACGCUCUCUUGUACACCGUCGCUUUCUCCACUCCUUUCCUGUUCUUUGUACGACAGCCCCUCCUUGGACACGUCAAUCGCCCCAGACACUGCGUUCCGACUCACGUUCCGACUCUUGAGACUCGACAUUCGCCAUGGUGAACAACAAUGCAACAGCCAGCAAUGGCACAGCCAAGCAGCCUGUAGUCUGCGUAUUUUGCGGCGCCUCUGAAGGCACCUCGCCCGUACACAUGGCCUCUGCGCGCGCACUUGCCACGGCCCUCCACAAAUCCAACACCAAGCUCGUCUACGGCGGCGGUACAGUCGGUCUCAUGGGCGAAGUAGCGCGGACCCUUGUCUCGCUCAGCGGCCCCAGCAGCGUCCACGGCAUCAUUCCGCAGCCGCUGGUCAGGUUUGAGCAAAACCACGACCCCGAUGAUAUCACCUCGCACCGCAUUGACGAGUCUAUAUACGGCCAGACAACCGUGGUAAAGGACAUGCAUACGCGCAAACAGAUGAUGGCCAGGGAAGUCGUCGCGGGAGGGCCCGGAGGUGGCUUCGUCGCCCUGUCUGGUGGCUAUGGCACGUUCGAGGAGUUGAUGGAGGUUACUACAUGGAACCAGCUGGGCAUCCACUCGAUGCCUGUCAUCAUUUAUAACGUCGACAACUACUGGACGGGAUUGAUCGAUUGGGUCAAGAACGCCGUCACCAGCGGCUUCAUCGCACCCACCAACGCAGGCAUAUUGUCCGAGGCAUUGAGCGCCGACGAGGUCAUUCAGUGUUUGAAAGAGUAUGAGAAUGCUCCCGGGCGAUUCAACCUGACAUGGGAGGAUUAACAAAGUCCAACAUAGUCAAUAUGACGACCAAAAACAUGAUAUAAUAAAUAGCAAAAACAAUCAAACACGUAGCAGCCC